CCAGCACUCUUAGUGAGUUACGGACCGCAUGCAGGCGUGCGUCGAACGAAUCUUCGGUGUCGCGCUUUUCCACGUUUCACCGUCUAGAUUCUUUUAUAUCCAUCUCCCGCACGACCUCGUUCGGUUAUACCUUUGAUGAGACUGCUGCUGCGGUAGCAGAGAUCUCGACGCUAUUUUGUUCACCAAGCUGCAGCACAUGUUAUCUCUCGUGACCCCUUGCCUUGUCUCGCGCGCGACGAAAGACUUUUUCGGCUGAGAGAGAGGUGGCCAACACGAAGAACGUGCCCGUUAACGUUUUUUCGAUAAACGUAUUAGUGGAGUCCCAGUGAAAUCGAUGGAAAAUUCUACUGAUGGCAAAAGGAGACACACCACGGUUACAAACGUGCGUUGACGAUUUUCGAUGGAUGGAAUUGUAGUUCCGUGGUGCAAGAGGGGGAAAACGAAGAGUAGGAGGGGACUAGAGUGACACGUGGGAUCCCGACGGGAAGACUGACGGGGGAGAAGAGACAAUUGUAGUGCGCGUGUGCGAAAAGUGCACGCCGUGCUCUGCCUCAACCACACGACUGUUAUGCUUUUUGCUGGAACUAGAUUCGAGAUCUUGUUACUUGUGUAGAGUUCUCGACGUCGUCGGUCGGGUUCCAGGCCAAUUACGUAGGAGUUCAGUGAGUCCGUGAUUUUCACCUCAAUCUUGUUCUUUUAACGGUUCGCGAUCGACGAGAAACAGAACGGACAGAAGGGAUAAAUAGUUACGAAGUAAUGACCAUCAGAGGACUCAAAUACGAACUAAAAGAAGAAGAAGGACAGAUCGCUUCUUUGAAACGGUGACUGUUAGCAGCGUUUCAACACUCGAGUGAGUUAAUUGUGAUGUGCACGUGAAGAAAAGAAGCAGGGGACCAAUGUAAACACGUUGAAUUGUAUGCGCGCGCGCCUCCCUGUCGCGCGCAAAUUCGACACGAGGUUGCGACUCGUCGCGUGGUACGAACUAAUAUUAUAUUCAACUGAGGCGCGCAUAACGCGAUAAUUUCGCGAAAAGAAAACUGUAAUCAGACGGACGUGGAAAGCUUCGAUAUAGUGUAAUGGUGUGUUUUCUUGCGAAAAUUGUGGUCUAAUAACCACGAUUAACGGUUACGUGUGGCUCUGGCUGAUCAUUGGAACGAACUCUACAACUGCAUCGACCCAUCUGAUAAGGAAGAACAUCUUGCUCUCCUAGUAUUAGAAGGAAAAAUCGGAAUUCGAUAGUCGACGGCGUCGAAGAUCUGGUUUCGCUUCAAGAAGUAUAUGUUAGAAGAAUAAAGACAACUUCCCUAAGACGUCUUCACUGAGACACCUUUCUUAAAUUUCUCAAAUUUCAUUUAACUUCAGACCUAGUGAGGAUGAAAAAGCUCUAAGUCAGAGCUGUUCGCGGUCUGUAAAAAAAGAAAAGACGCACGGAAUUGACACCUUCUUAAAUUUUUUCGUGGAAAUAUAUUUGUCAAGAUUAUACUUGAAGGAAAUAUGGACAAAGGGGAGGAUUCCCUUCCCAGCCGAAUGGAGACGAAUGCGUCCUCGUCCUCCAAUUCAGCUCUUAGCCCGCGGACGCCACCAAAUUGCGCUCGAUGCCGCAAUCACCGACUGAAAAUUGCCCUGAAGGGCCACAAAAGGUACUGCAAGUACCGUUACUGCAACUGCGAAAGAUGUAAACUCACAGCGGAACGACAACGGGUGAUGGCGAGCCAGACAGCAUUAAGAAGAGCCCAGGCGCAAGACGAGGUCAAAGUCAGAGCAGCGGAGGAGGUGGAUCCACAGCCAUUUGGGGUGGAAGGUGAUCGAAUUUCCUCGGUUCCCCAACCGGCCAGAAGUCUCGAGGGUAGCUACGAUAGCAGCAGCGGCGACUCUACCAUUAGCACUCACGGCAGUGUGCACACCGGUCUGGGCGGUGUGAUCAGUAUUCCUACUUCUAGAAAGCUACCAUCAUUGCACACUGGAUCAUCGUCCCAUGUAUCGCAGGCGCAGACUGGUGAGUGAUUGCAAACGUAUUUACGUUUUAUUCUUAUUCACUUUGCGUGCAGAAAUUAAAGCUGAAUGCGGUGGUCUCUAG